UAAAUAUCCCUAUAAUUUAUCUAUACAAUUCAAUCGUUCGUUCGUAUGAGAUCAAAAAACACCGAUUCCUCGAAUGCAAUAUACUUUAUAAACAAGUCGACUCCGAAGAUAUCGGAUUGCACAUUUUGGUAUUUGUAACAUCUCGACUGUGUCGCGUACUUUGAUCGCGCAUUCCUCGCAGAGUAUACCCUAACCCUUAAAAAAGAACUGUAUUCGGAGGCACUCGACGGUCCCCACACACCAACACAUCGCCUCGUUUUCCCCUUUACCCCUCGGCGAAGGAUUAAUACGCAUACUGGAGUAAAACAUUGGUAAACAUCGUGCGCGCUCUUGGGAAGUCGGAUCUUAUUUCGGGUUCGCGAGACGCGCGUGUCGUCGAUGGACGAUUCAAUUGAGCCAAUUCGUCACGAGGAAACAUUAUUCCGGAUUUCGUCGCGCGUUCUCUCUCCUUCAUCGCCUCUCCGAGCCUUAUCUGAAACGCGCGUGACGCGAGACACGUCAUAAGUCAUAAUCCGUCUCGCGCGCAAAUUACGUAAAGACGAUGAUGAACAUCGAAGAGAGAGCGUCCCCUGGGGGGAAGGUGGUUUUUACGUAUAUUUGCGUCCUGAGAUCCUUCCGCAUUGCGGCUCGCGGGGCGUCCGUUGACACGAUAGUCGUUACGCCAUUGCACGCGUCGCGCGCGCCACCGCCACUCGCUCCCGCUCGCGUAUUUACAAUCGCGUAGAGGCCGUAGAGUGGAGCGUAUAUGUCGCGCGCAUAUCGGAUCGGACUUCUCGCCGUCAUUCGAGCGAGCGCGCGCGCGCGCGUGCUCGGCGCCUGCGUACAUCUUGUUUACAACUGCGGAGCUCGCCGUACACAUGACCUUUACAAGAUAGACACGAUCGUCUGUUCGGCUGGCAAGGCGUGAACUCGCGCGGCGAGCAAAGAAGAGAGAGAGAGAGAGAGAGAGAAAGAGAAAGAGAAAGAGAAAAGUGUCGCGCGCGAGUGUGUGCUGUGUAUCGUGGCCGAGACAUCACCUUUUUGCUGGAAUACCGUCCGCCACGUUCUUCGCGCGUGGGGACGUAAAAUUCACGCGAGUCGAAUUGCGUCGCGAUCGCGAGAGAGCGACGACGAUGACGAAAACGUCGCCGCAAGCGAUCGCUCGCACUGGAAUAUAAAAAAACGUACAGUGUACGGUAUCCCUGUUAAGUACGGGAACGAUAAAUUAUCGUGCACGCGUAGGACACCAGGCGUGGAGGAGAAGGAAAGGAGGAAAGGAAGGAAGCAAGCAAGGUCCUUGUUUCUGCAUUCGAUGCCUUCCCGGAUGUGAUUUACGGUCGGGCAUUUCCGAACGAACAACGAAGAGACCCUAGGCAACCCGGCGAUAAAGCAGUGCGUCGAUAAUCGCGCGUAAUACCCGAGUGUGUUUUCCUUCUCCGACGGAAGACAGAAACGGAAGCAGCAGCAGCAUCAGCAGCUGCUGCGGGAAGAGCCAGUCACAGCAGCGACGUUAGCGGUGAACGCGCGAGGGAAGAGGGGAGGGGGAGCCGCCGCGUCUCCCCGCAUCGACCUGGAAUGCCGCCGCCGCGGUUGUUUUGACGUCGGGGUCCCGCCGCCUAUUGCGCAUGAAAAAAAAAGGAGGCGUACGACGUGCGAGCAGACAAGAGAGAGAGAGAAAGAAGCCGCGCUGUCCUUGGCAGUAGCCUAUUUAUCGAGAGAACACGUGCGGCCAGAUUAGGGACGAAAUUUUGGGCCGAGACGCCCAUCCACGCGCCACCGUUUGUCUGUCCGUCGCAGGUUUUUUCCUCGAAACGUCGUCGCGAUCGGGACGCGCGCGCUUGCUCACGACCAGAGAGAGAACACGCCUCGUUGUGAAUCCCUCUUCCCUCUUCCCUCUCCCUCCUUCCUUUUCCUCGCUGCUACCAGCGGUGCCUCUUUUGCCCCUUCCCCUCCUGUCCUGUGUGAGCCGUGCACGCGCGCGCGCUAGCCCGCGUAUUGCGCUCUUCGUCCGUCUGUCCGUCUGUCUGGUUCGUUGGCCAUCCAUCCAUCCAUCCAUCCAUCCAUCCAUCCAUCCAUCCAUCCAUCCAUCCAUCCAUCCAUCCAUCCAUCCAUCCAUCCAUCCAUCCAUCCAUCCAUCCAUCCAUCCAUCCAUCCAUCUAUUUAUCCAUCGUCUCUGUCUCUGUCGCUCCGCGGAUGCGCGUAUGUGUAUGUGCGUCCCGUAUGUGCAUGCGCGCACUUUUGUGUAUACACGUCACCGUCGUGGACCACGCAGUAAAUCGUGUUAUUCGGAGAGAGAGAGAUAAACAGGUGCAGAGGAGACUCUCCCGUUUAUUCGCUUGCAGCCGCACCUCGUGGCGGACGAUUCGGAUCGUCCGCAUCGCAAUUCCUCCACCCGAUCGGGCGAGAUCAGUACCAUUCGCGAAUUUUAUUCUCACGCGUGGAACGCGUGCGAGAGAGCGGUUACGUCUCGUUGGAGCCUCGGACAGUUGGUGCGCGCGAGCAGCUCUCUCAGCGCGUCGCGGCGGGCGAAAUUAGACGAAACCGCGCGUGACAGGUGGAUUCGAGGCGUGCCGAGACAUAAAGAAAGAGAGAGAGAGAGAGUAACAUAGACUAAGGGAGGGAGUGCAAAACGAGAGUGAGAGAGUGCCGUCGCGACAUCUCGGAGUCAUCGGGCGCGUUCGACGCUGAUCGCGAGAUCUCCCCUACUUGGUUUCUCAACGUCGACGAAGGAAGGAAGAGAGAGAGAGAGAGAAAGAUAGAGAAGCGGGAAAGAUCGAGCGUGUGUUGUGUUGUUUUCGUCGCCGUUUCUCUCGCGUGGCAUUCGCCGUUGUUAUUGUUAUCGUUUCUCCUAACCUAUCUACGAGACGUGAGGUGGACGUCCGCGCCGAAGGAAAGAGGAAAAAAAAGGAAAAGUGAGAGAGAAAGAGAGAAGCGCGAAACGACGCACGCCACCCGCCCGCCGAAGCACGCCCUCAGGCAAACGUCGUCAAGUGCACAUGCACCGGCGGUGGUGCGACGGCAGUGGUGCUGUUGCUUGUGCGCAUCGUCGCUUAUUUACGUCCCGAAACGUGCUCGUGCUAAGUGCGCUGAGGACGCCAAGACCGCUCCCGUCGUGACUGUCCUCGUCGUCAUCGUGAUGCGCGGUGAUCGACAAGAAGAAAAAUAGUGUCUCCCGUGUCGGCGGGGAAACAACAUCACCGUGGGUUUGGUGCAGUAGAAGGCUGGAGGCGUUGACACGUUGACGGUUGGAUUGUUGUUUGCCCGCGAAAGUGUGCGGACCGCGUUGUGUCGCAGUGGCGUCGAUCGAAAGAUAGAGGAGGAGAGAAGAAAAGGACGUUUGCCGCGAGUUCGUACGCCUCUCGAGAUGAAUCUCUGCGCGGUUUCUCUCUGAGUUCGCGCACGUGUUUCUGAUCGCUCUCUCUCGCAGUAAACGAGAUCGCGUUCGCGCGACUCGACUCGCAUGCACAAGGAGAAAGGACGUGGCAGCGAGAAGCUUGCGGGAACGAUGCCAUGUGAAUGAUAAACAGAUACGAAGGAUCCCCGGCUUGUCGUGUACCCGAAAAAGAUCCCUUCGUAACCGACGACGAUCAUCAUUGUCGCGCCAACCAUGUAUUCGAUCAAGGGCCCGGCGCCGCUUUCGGGCGGGCCCGUGAUCCUCUGUGGCCACUUGAAGAAACUCAAGACGAUGAAGAAGAAGUACUUUGUCCUGCGCGGCGAGGCCCCUGGACAUCUCGCCUGCCUCGAGUAUUACGAUACCAAGAAGAAGUUUGACAACAGGCAAACACCGAAGCGCAGUAUACUGCUGCACAGCUGCUUUAACAUCAACAAACGCGGUGACACCAAGCACAAGCACGUGAUUGCCCUGUAUACUAAGGACGAGUGCUUUUGUCUCAUCCUCGAUAGUGAGAAGGAACUGGACGAGUGGCUCGGGGCGAUGCUGCGGCUACAGAGCGGGGACGUGCCCGACGGGGAGCAGCCACGGCCUACAUUCGAACACAUAUGGCAAGUUACAAUGCAGAAGAAAGGUCUAGGGGCACGGAAGAAUAUUCAUGGACCCUACAGAUUAUGCCUCACCGAUCAAACUUUAAGUUUAGUGAAGAUCGGGGCACAGGAGGACUCUGACUCUAUUGAGAUUUCUCUAAAUUACAUUAGACGAUGUGGAUUUGCGGAUGAUAUAUUCUACAUAGAAGUUGGCCGAUCCGCUGUAACCGGAGAUGGUGAAUUCUGGAUGGCAGUCGAGGAUAACAAUAUCGCGUUAAACAUGAACGAUGUAAUAACGACCGCAAUGAAGACUUCUAAGACAAGAUGGAAGUUAAGGUUAUUAGAAAACAAGGACAAGGAUAACAAGGACAAGGAUAACAAGGACAAGGAUAACAAGGACAAGGAAAACAAGGAGAAGGAUAAUAAGGAGAAAGAUAACAAGGACAAGGACAAAGAUAAUGAGAUGGAACCUCGUCAGAGAAGUUCCUCCGCCAAUGAAGCUAGCAAGCCUAUAUCCGUUCUCCAACGACGACAUACGGGUCAGAAAUUCGCUUGUAACUAUUCGCCUAUGGCCGUUGCUGGUACCGGGGCUUGGACUACUGGGCACGCGACGACUAAUGCCAACAGUGGCGGUACCGCUAGACGUCGUCAUUCGGUAGCGAGUCAUCCUCAUUCCGUCAAUAAUUCCCAAUCCGCUCAUGUCACAACAGCAGCAACAACAAACGCGAUCACUACUGUCACUACCACUACCAUCACCGCAACUACCACUACCAUCACCACCACCACCAUCAACACCACCAUCACCAUCACCGCGACGACCACAACCGCGACAAUAUCCCAUCAGAGAACCCUGUCGCUGCCCUUAGCUGCUGUUAUUAUCAGUCAAACGCAACCAUCUAAAAGAUCCGUUUUACGGUGUAACACUGGACGCGAACGAUGCGACAGCUUGCCGUCAAGAGCUCGCACCAACAGCGAAGGACAACCGAUGGCUACGGUUACGGGAUUGAAUAAUCUCCGUGGAACUCAUGCCAUUCCUCAUGUUCCGCGACCACAUUCCAUGUGCGGACGUACAUCGUACUCUCCGCCGGUCGCUUCAAUGCCCAUCAGUCCCGGUUCCGAUGUAUGCUCAUCGGACUCAGCCGGAUCGUCGCCCUCCAUGGAUGAUUGCGGUGAGAAUAUCCUGGAAGAGGGCACCGUUUCACGAUACGGGCACUCGUUGACCCCUGACGAGCCCGUGAUCCUUGACAAGAAGGGCGACGAUUACAUCUAUUGGUCGACGACACAUCCGCAUUUGAAAUACUCGCCAAACUUUAAAUCUCAUUCGCCCUCUCAGAGUUCCUAUCAGAGUGAAAUGUACAGUCCUUGUGGUUCGAGUCCCGGCCGCGGUGGUGCGUACAUGCCCAUGAGUCCAGCAACGACGAUCCAUUCGCAUUCUCGUGGAUCAUCCCUCGUAGAAGAGAGCAACGUGGAAGGUUACGUGCCGAUGGCGCCAGUCGGUGACGACGGUUAUGUCGAUAUGGAUCCUGUAAAUAGUCACAACGGUCACUUUCCGGACGAUAUGUCGCAGAACGACGGCAGCAGCUGUUCCGUCACGUCCGGCACUCCUAGCACGGACCUGCGAUUUUCUGAAUAUCAUUUGGACAAGGUGACCAGCUUUCUGACACCCGGGGAGGAUCUGCAAGCCAGACCGACUAGAGCUUAUUCUGUUGGAUCUAGACCGGAACAGGCGAACAGGCAUCGUAAAAACAGAUUGGAUAUCACUCCGCAAGACACCAAUAGAGUGCGAGCGUUUUCUGUAGGUAGUCGUUCCAAGAGGCCUGAGAUUGGGAGACUGGCCAAUAUAAUCACCGCGCCGUUACCAGCAGGUUCGGAUAGCUCGAACUCGAAGUCAAGCUCCGCACCGUUGUUAUCGAGCUCCUGGGGACACAAUUCACGAAUGGAAGAUCUCAUGGAAUUAGAUUUUACGAAAUCCAAUGUUCCAACCGCUGUCUCCUCGCCGCCGUCAUCCUGUUCUCAGUCUCAGUCGCAGCCACAAUCGUACUCUACUGCCACUGAUACUAGUUCCUAUGUCGACAUGUCGCCCGGACAAGCUCCCAUAUCGACAACCACUGCCCCAUACGUCGAUAUGAGUGGCAUAAAUAAGAUCAAUCGCAAUAACAAUAAUAAUACAAUCACUGCCAACCACAAUCAUAGCCACAUGCAUAUAUCAUCGUUAGCUUUUGCUCAUAAACCUAUAAUUACAACUUUAAAGCCAGUGGAGGAAGCGGAGGGACCUUAUAUGAAAAUGGACGGUACGACAGAAGAUUGGGUGCAUUCGGCGGACGCGAGUCCGAAGCAAAUAUCAUCGCCUAUACAAGAGGAUAUCUAUCAUACAAAUGGACCACCAGGUAGCACAAGAACGGCACCGGUAGAUCUUCCGCAACCGAGGCGUCCUCCGGAGGGAUAUGUCGACAUGUCUUUUAAAUCUAGACCGACCUUAGAUCAAGACUAUAUAAAUAUGAGCAUGGGUGCAAACAAUCGGAAUAAUCGUAAAACGCGGACGGGCAGUCGUAAGGAGAAAUCGCGAUCGCAACCGAUCGCAAUUCAGGCGGGUAGUAAGCCAUCGAAAACCCCUAGCUUUUUACCUUUGAAUGGAAGCCCGAUGUCUGAAAGUCUAGCGAGCACACCGGCUUCACCACCGCGAGCAACGCCGACAGGUUCAUCGGCCACAAUUUUUCCCUUUUCUCUGAACAGUCCUCAAUCACCCGUGAAACCUUUCACAAAAAAGAGCGACGAGUUCUCCACGACGGACGUUUCUAAACAAAAUAAAAACAAUGAUUACGCGGUGUUGGAAUCCGCAAAGACGAUAAAUUCUUCAAUAUCGCUUUCCACGUCAUAUUCUACUCCAUCAAUGGAGACAUUGAAGUCGAAUACCAAUAACGAGAAGCUGCCGAGUUCUAUAGGAAAAAACGCUAUACCAGCGCACACGGAAUUCGGUAUGUUCGGUAACAUAACAAAAAAACUUUCGGAUUUAACGGUGUCGAAACCGCGUCUCGUCACGGCCUCGCCAAACACCAGCCCUACUUUGACGGGUUUCAAGCCGUCGACUGUGCAACAGCCGAAACCAUCCUCGCCCAAAUUUAUUGAAGAGACUCCCUCAUCUACACCCACGUCUACGCCCACGCCUACGCCGAGUCCGUUGGACAGUGAGGGAUACGAGAAGCUUCAACCGGGCGCGACGAUUCUGCAUUACGCUCAUCUCGAUCUACCAGAGAUUGGUAAUCCGACGCCCGUAUCGCCGGCGUCCACGCAGGAGAAUUUCACCUACGCCGAGAUUGAUUUCGCAAAACUGAGACAGAGCUAAAAUGCAGUUAUUCUUUCACGCAUGUUUUGCAUGUAUCGCACAAAACGCGACGUGGUGGCUUGGCCAACGCCUCUUGUGUUCCCCACGAUAGCAACGAGUAGGCAGGGUAUAAUAGAUCAAUUUUGACAUUAGUUAAGUUGGUCUAACGAACAAGUCGCCGGGGAACCGUAUAGAAACUGUAUAUAUAAUUCAUUUCUUUUUCUCCAGAGCCUAACGCAACACUACACUCCUCGCCGGUCUUUUAUGGAGAUUGGCAGCCUAUUUUAAAUCGUUUGGAAAAAAAGCAUUGUUGGUACCUAUAGUUCUGGUUGUACUGCAUUAAUAUCGUAUUUUAUCGGACUAAUAUGAAAUUUUUUAAUGUAGGCAAGAAAAUAUAUACUUUUAUCGCUGAUUCCGAAGAGAGAGAGUGAGAAUUCUCAAAAUCUAUUCAUAUGUAUGUUAUUUCUGAUAUUAAAAUGUCGGCAAAAUAUUAAUAGAAGAAAAGAGUAAAUUAUGGGAACGUUAUCUUUUAUUCACAGUUAAAUAAAUAAUUAGUAUUUUUUUUUGUCAAAAAAUUUCUCGAUGUUAGAUAUAUUAUCUUAAUUAAGCGAAAACCGCGAACUUGUGUAAAAAUGUAUAAACUUAUUAAAUUUUAAUUUUGUUGGUAUAGAUUUGCAUGUUAUCUCUCUAUCAAAAUUUAUUCUGUUUUGUAUUAUAUAUUUCAAAUGCUGACAAACCAAAUACGUAUAGGAGUCAGUUCCUUUUUACGAUAUAUAUAGUUUAACUAGUAUUUAUAAUAAUUUUUCCUAAUAUUAUGUGACGACGAAAUUUAUUUAUAUUUAUUGUUUUGGGAUUCUCUUAAAUAUAAUAUAAAUUCUAUCACUUCUCAGUAUGUUUACAAAUUUUAGUAAUAUAUGUUUUAUUUGCGCAUUGUAAAUUCUAUCAAAUUCUCAAUUUUUUGAAAUCUAUGCAGUAUAGUUUGUACAACAUGUUCAUAUUUACUUGUAUUCUAACAUUCUCUAUUGGUUACAGACUGUCGAAUACUGAAUUCGUGAAUUGUUUUUAAUUUAAAAAAUACUCAUACAUAUGUGUAAACUCUCUCUUCCGUUUGCGCCUUCUGUGUGUGGUAUAAGAAAGAUUAUCAUCUUCUAUUUUAAAUGUUUUAUCUCUAUCCAAAAUAUUUGAACAUUCAAUGAGAAGUAAAUGACGGAAUCUGCAAAGUUUCUAGACGUAAGAAAAAAAUCGUGAAGAUAUAUCGUGAAUUUGCAAUUUUUAUAAAAUUCGAAAAUUGUUCUAAGCCUCUAUAUUAUUACGCAGUGUAUGCAUAAUGGCGGGACUCGUUGGUCUUCUUUUGUGAAGAGUAAGAAAAAUUCACAUAUGACGCCAACUCCUCCCCCCUUUCUCCCCUUGCUUUUAGACGUUGCGAUUAACUCGUCGAUAUCAGCUGCGCUAGUUGAAGACAUUUUAAUGAAAUUGAGUUAUCGUAAGCUUUAGAAGAAUAAAUCGCAUAGAAUACGGUGGUGUAACAGUACACUACCAGAAACAUAAGUACACACACAUACACACACUGAAAGUGAAACGUGUGACGGAGUUGUUUUAUGUAACGAAACUGCGAAUUGAAUGAGAUUCUGCAAAGCGAGAGAGAAAAUAAGAAAGAGAUCGAUCAACGAAGUAUCUAUCACCUCGUUGCUCGUCUCUUCUAAGCCGGAUUUAAUUCGACAGUUUACUCGUGAAGGAAUGUUACUCGCCAAUAUUAGAUCGACAUCUCAGAAUUCGUAUUGCAGACAAAAAUAGGUGUUCCGUACACAAUGCAGUAUACAUGUGUUAUUACGCUUUUCAUAUAAAUUAUGAAGGAUCGGAGCGGCUUUCUCGAAAGAAGGCCGAUUCGAUUGCGUACAGACAUACAUACAUACAGUCGCUCGUAUACAUAUAUGCAUAUUCGUUCUACAGGAUAUUCUGUGAAAGACGGUACAACCGAGCGGUGUGCCGGCACGGUACAAAGAAAGAUAAUCUAGAAGAAUGAGGAAAAAACUGAUAUAAAGAUGCCUACGUAUGACGAAUCAACCUCUAUCGAUAGUACGGCUUAUCUUGUUUGAGCUAAUAUACAAUUCUUUGCAUGUAUCUUAUUUAAACAUAUUGCGGUUGUAUCGUAACGUACAGGGUGUCUUGUGUAUAUACAUGCAUAUCUCGACAAAUUUCGAGUUGAGAGUGCGUGCGUGCGUGCGUGAUGCGAGUCUUUUUAUGCAUGCAUGUGAAGGUGUACGUGUCGGAUACGCGUGUAUAUAUACAUAUAUGUACACACACAUACAUAUAUAUGUUAUAAAUAUAUUAAGUAUAAUAAUAUUAAUAAUUAAUAAACUCGCAAUAUAAA